CCCCGCCCAGCCAUGCCCAACGCUGGCAACAAGCGCCAGUCCGACGGCCAGGCGCCCGGCUCGCCGGACGAGAAGCGCCAGCGGGUCGACCUCUCGGAUGACGCCUCCGACGACUUCGAGGACGACUUCGAGGAUGUGUCUUCUGCUUCCCGGUCGGCGGCCUUGGCCGCGGCCAAUCCUCCUCCCCCUGUCGCAGCGGCUCCCGCCGAGGCGACCAACCCGGCGACCGGCUCUUCGGACGAGGCUGAUGGGGACGCCGGGUCCGACGCUGACGGCGUCCCGGAGGCCGACCUUGACGGCUCCGACGAGUUCGAGGACUUCGAUGAGGAGGAGUUCGAGGAUGUUGUCCCCGGCAGCCACCACGGCGGGCCGGUGCCCAAGAUCGUGGACUUCGACGACCUCUCGCGUGCUGAGCAGGAGCUCACCAUGCGCGAGCAGAGCCUGCCCGAGUUCUACAUGUCCCUGCGCGACACGCCGACCGUUAUCCCCGACGCCAUUACCACCUACUACAUGCAGCGGGCCGGCUUCGAGUGCUCGGACGUUCGGAUGAAGCGUCUGAUCUCGCUCGCCGCGCAGAAAUUCCUCACCGAUCUGGCCCGGGAUGCCUUCUCCCAUAGCCUCCUGCGCCUGCAGGGCGAGGAGGCCCGCAUGAUGGCCGAGACCAAGCGCCGCGCCCGGAAGCAGGACCGCAAGCACGUCCUCACGGUGGACGACCUGUCGGCCGCCCUGUCCGAGGAGGGCGUCCGCCUCCGCCGGCCAGAGCAUCUUAUCUAGGCUGCCGGCGUGGCCUUCUGCGUCUCGGGCAUCUUGCCGCGGGCGCUCCUGCCCGGCCUUCCCCGGUCCCCUCCAUCUGGCUGGCCUUUCCUCCUUCCCCUCCUUUCACAUUGGUCUGCGACGACCCCGGCUGUCGCAGCAGCUGCUCCCCCUUCCCCUGUAUAUUACGCUCUCCUGUC